UAACAGCUGAUUGCAACUAAUUGCUAUCUUGCAUUGUCAUCCCGGUCGUCCCUGCGAUAUGCUACAUAAAUAGCUUAUUUGUGAUUUACGUCAGUAAGUGACAAGUUGCUUUGUCCAUAUGUGUGACUGUGUAAUCGCCCCCUUGAACUUUUUUAUAGAUUGUAUGUGAGAUACGUUCUUUUAAAAAAAUGUAUGGAUUGUUACUUUAAUACCUCCGUUAAGGUGAAGUAAUAUAUUAAAGAGUUCUACAUUUAGCAGCAAUAAGCCGUUGAUGUUAUUACAUCAAGUGUUAUGAGUGGUGAAUCAAGUUGGUUUAUAUUAAUUGUGCGUAUAUUUAUCAACGAAAGUGUCGAAUACUGAGUAUUCGUAGUCAUACUAAUAGAAUUUAAAGCUUUAUGACGUUUGAAUCAUUCAUUUGGAACUCGCUUCUCAAUGACGUCAUGCACACAUGAACAUCUCUGGUUGUGAGAUCAGUGUCAACAGUCAAGUGUCAAUUGUCAAAAUGGCGGGGUUUCGGGUGCAGGCACUGUAUGACUUUGCUGGGGAACCUGGAACUGCGGAACUGUCCAUCACUGCAGGAGAGGUGCUCACUGUCACACGACAAAAUGUUGGUGAAGGAUGGUGGGAAGGUGUUAAUCAGGCAGGUCAAACAGGCCUCUUUCCUGCUGCAUAUGUGCAGGAAGUUAAAGGAAGCCAGCCUCCUGCAAUGCCUCCACCACCUCUCCCAGAAGCAUUCACAGAUCCGGUACAAGAAGUGAAUACAGAGGACACGUGGGGAAGCCAGGGUGACCACCAGCAGCAACCACUAAGUUCCCAGCAGCAGUCCUAUGAGGGGGGUGAUUAUUGGGAUGACGAAUGGGAUGAUGACUCCGAAGGUGGUGGAACACAGACAUCACAGACAAAUAAUUCAGCAUACGCUUCAGGGCAGGUGAUACCAAAAUCUGGGAGCGUUGGUGACGUGAGUACUAUAGGCAAGUCUGAUGGCAAAGGAACUGUGGGUCGGAAAAACUUCAAUCGUUUUACAACAUUUGUUAAAUCUGGUGGAGAGAGUUACAUCCUCGGCACAGUAAAAGUUGCAGUCAGAGAAGAGGACAAGGUUCACAUUUAUGAAUCAGAGAAAGGAGUUGUUUGGAACCCAAUUACUGAGCCCUAUGUGUGUAUGGUGGCAUCACCCAAAAAGGAAUCCAAACUGAAAGGCUUGAAGAGCUUCAUAGCUUACCAGCUGACCCCAAGUUUCAAUAACAUUCAGGUUUCAAGAAGAUACAAACACUUUGACUGGUUACAUGAGAGGCUAGAAGAGAAAUUUAGUUUGGUUCCCAUUCCACCAUUACCAGACAAACAGAUCUCAGGCAGGUAUGAGGAGCAGUUCAUAGAACAUCGACGGGCCCAGCUGCAAGCAUUUGUUAACUCUGUUUGUCGGCAUCCAGUACUCUCUCGGUGUGAGGUCUGGCAACACUUCUUAACUUGCACCGAUGAGAAACGGUGGAAAGCUGGCAAGAGGAAAGCAGAAAAAGACGAACUAGUGGGAGCAAACUUUUUCAUAACGCUGCAAGCUCCCGAACGACCGCAGAAUAUUACAGACCUUGAACAGGAAACAGAAAAAUGUUCCAAGUUCAUUCAUGAAAUGGAUGGCGCUAUUAAAAUCUUAAUGGCAACAGCAGUUGACCAGACAAAGAAACAUCAAGGUCCAUACAAGAGGGAGUACCAGAGGAUUGGGCAUGCUUUCUCAGCACUGGGUUUGGCUUUCAGGGAAGAUGAUUCACCAGAGAGUGCAAGACAAAAUUUAAUGGAGGCUGUCAGAGUAACAGGCAAUACAUACCAUGAAAUUGGAAAACUCUUUGAAGAACAGCCUAAGUUAGACUGGGAGCCAUUAGCAGAUGUUCUUCACUUGUAUAAAGGCAUCAUUUCUUCAUUUCCUGAUAUCCUAACAGUACAUAAAGGUUCACUUCAGAAGCGUAGGGAAUGCGAAAAGUUAGCUGCUGACCACAAGAUGGAAUCAUCACAGUUGUCAGAUGUAGUACGGCGUACUGAUGUGAUUUCGUAUGCACUCCUUGCAGAGAUUAACCACUUUCACAGUGAAAGAGCCAUUGACUUCAGACUAGCUAUGCAGAACUACCUCAAAGAACAGAUUUCAUUCUAUCAAAAGAUUGUUGCUAAACUGCAGGAUGCUCUAGGGAAGUAUGAUUAAUGUUAGAGGCAGUGUUGCCAGCAUGAAGCUGACAGCAAGGCUAUACAGCUGAUGGUGCCAAGAACCAAACUCCUAACUCAGUCUAUACUAUAACCUGAACUAAAAUGAAACUGAAAUGCUUUGUUAUGUACAUGCAGCUCUUAAUUAUACACAUAAUUAAUUUGUAUUUAAAUUGUGAAUGGAAUGUUUGGACACAUUAUUUUUUGUGUUGUCAGCAUUUCAACUGAAGAAUGUGCUUUUUUUUAUUUCAGAUUUAAAAAAUACAUAUUUUUGGAAGUAUGUGUAAGAAAAGAUAGUGAAAACUUUUGUGAUGUAGUUUUUGUAAUUUGUCUGGUGUUGAAGAAAGAAUCUGAACUUCAGCAGAAGGAACAUUUAAAUGCUUGUAUGCAUACUGUCUUGUUCACAUAUAGAGAUAUUGGGUUUUUUGGACUUUAUCCAUCGUCCUGGUUUUUAAGAUAACUGAGAAAAAAACAUGAUG